AUGACGGAUUUGCCGGGGUGUCCGGCGUGUGCGCGCGCGGCUGCCAAGCCCUCCCCCUGGGACCCUCAGGUCCCCUACGCGGUCUCCUGGGCCAAGCUCACAGACGGGGGAGCAGAGAGGGUGGAGGUGACCCAGGAAGACCUGCAGUCCCCUCAGCAGAGGAACUCUUCAGAGGCCCCCAGGGAAAGGCUCUACUCCCUGAGGAUCCAAAACACUACGAGCUGCAACUCGGGGACCUACAGGUGCACUCUGGUGGGUCCGGAAGGGCAGAGAAACCUGAGUGGCACCGUGACCCUCAGAGUGACAGGAUGCUCUAAGGGACACAGAGGGGAGACUUUUAAGAACUACAGAGCUGAGAUUGUCCUGCUGUUGGCUCUGGUCAUUUUCUAUGUAACACUCAUCAUUUUCACUUGUAAGUUUGCACGACAGCAGAGUAUAUUUCCAGACUUUUCUAAACCUGCCCUGGUACAUGCUUUCCUCCCAGUCGCCUCCCCAAAUAAGCAUCUGGAACCAGUGACUCUUCACAAGACAGAACUGGUGUGAGCAGGGUUUCUGCACCUUUUUUCAGAGGUUGAAGGCUCCGUGGUGUGCGUGCACAUCACCCUGGACAGGAGAAGCAUGAGCCCCACGUGAAGACAACAUCCUUUCUGUGAAGCCCUUCGCUUGACUGAAGCAUCCCAAAGUGGAUCCCACCCCACUGUCUGUGAGCAGGGCUUUGAAAUUUAUGAUGUGACCACCACGCAUGGAGCCACCUGCAGGGUGCUUUCCAGUGUUGCUGCUUCACGACCUUCUUAGCGUUUUACUCAGCUAUCUGGUCAACCUCUCGGACGGGGUUUUGUUUUUUUUUUUUUCAGUCCUAGAGAAGCUGUGGUGAGAUGCAGUUGGAAAAGGACCUUGGGAAAUACGAGUGCCUGGAGCUAGUCCUGUGUAGACUCUUGAGGACAGCUGUCCUCUUCCACAUCUGGAGCACAUCUCUGAAUGUGCUGUUUUCUUGUCUGAGCCCAGAUGUUUUAUAUCUGGGUGAAAUUGACAGGCCAAGCUGUGAGACAGGGGGAAAUAUUUAGCAGCUAAUUUCCCACCGUGAAGGCCCUUCUAUUACCAGGGGGUAGGAUGUGUACAUAGAAAUAGCAGGUCGGUGAACUGCCCCCAACUGGGCCUUUUUAAUCUAGGAAAGACAUCCAUAAAGAGGCAAGAGCGAAGAGUGCCACGUUUAUUUUUAUUAACUCAUCUGUGUAUUCUUGUCAAAAAAGGGAUUUGUGGUUUUCCUCCUUUUGAAAUCCGUAUCUUCAGUUCAAUGUCGUUGUAACUGACAAGCAGCGUGCUUAUGGAGGGUGAGAAGAAAUCAGAGAUGGUGAGAGUAGGAGAGAGCACCAUGGAGGCACCUGGUAGAAAAUGCUGGACCAAUCAUGCAACCUGGGUGCUGGCGCCAGUUGUCCCCCUGUCUAGCUGUCUGAUCCUGGACAAGAUCCCCAUGGUUUCUGCUUUUUCUGUUGUAAACCAAAAGGUGGUCAUAUGUGUUGAUUGAAAAAAAAUGUAUGUGAAAAUGCUUUGAAAGAGUAUAAAGCACUAUCCAGAUUCCAGA